UUAAUCAUUCAUGACUUGACAUUUGUUUAUCAAAUCGAUACGCAAUAAAUUCGUCAACAAAGCGUAAAUUUAUGGGUGUUUUGUUAGUCUUAAAAGCGCAAACAUCGAAAGAGGUCUUCAAAAAGUAAAUUGCGGGUGUUAAAAAUGACAAACACACUUGCUGUUUGUCUUCUCUCAUUAACAUUUUUGUGUUGCACAGGUUUGUCUGCAGCGAGGCAAGCCCCAAAGGAAUGUUCAAAAGGACCUGAAUAUUGGUGUCAAAGCCUUAGGAGUGCGGCAGACUGCGGUGCGGUGGGCCACUGCAUCGGCACCGUGUGGGAGCAACAGCACGAUGACUUCACCGACAACGAGGUCUCCUCUAAGUUCGUCCAUCUCUUCAAAGAACUGAAGGAUGUCAAGGAGAUGAUCAACGAUGACUACCUGGAGUCCCGAAUCCUUUCAGCGUGCCGCGACGCCCCGCGACAGGUCAUCUACCGGUUGUGCAAGGACAAUACCGCCCGGCUUGGCCAAUACUUUAGUCACGUGUUAAAAUCCUCCACCACACCUGAAACUAUGUGUCAGAUCAUCGGUAUGUGCGGUAGCGCGAAAUUGGAUAGGCUGCUGGUGAACAAGAAGUCCGAAGAACCUGUACACCAGAAACAGGUAUUAGUCGGCGCCAACAGAUGUACGUGGGGUCCUUCGUAUUGGUGCAGUAACUUCAGUACGGGCCGAGAAUGCAAAGCAACACAUCAUUGCGUGAAGAAAAUAUGGCCCGAAAUGGACGUGCCAAAAGACGAUGAUGCCGUCUGCAAUAUUUGCAAAGAUAUGGUGACGGAAGCGCGCAAUGAACUGCGCAGCAACGCCACAAUGGAAGAAAUAAAAGACAUCUUCGAAGGAGGCUGCAAGCUGAUACCAAUCAAAUCGGUCACCCAAGAAUGUAUUAAGAUUGCGGACGACUACGUGCCCGAAUUCGUGGAGACCUUAGCUUCCGAAAUGUCCUCCGGAGCUGUUUGCUCUGUGGUCGGCCUCUGCAACAAUGCUAAUAUCGACAAAAUUAUUGAGGAACAUAAAACAAAGGCUGAGGAACCGGUCAAGGAGAAACCCAAAAUGGUUGGCGCCAGCAAAUGUACUUGGGGGCCUUCAUAUUGGUGCAGUAAUUUCAGUACGGUCCGAGAAUGCAAAGCUACUCCUCACUGCGUAAAAACAGUAUGGGCCAAAAUGACGGUGCCGAAGGAUGACGACGGCAUCUGCAAGAUUUGCAAGGACAUGGUGACGCAAGCUCGCGACCAACUGGAAAGCAACGAGACUCAGGAAGAACUAAAAGAAGUUUUCGAAGGAAGCUGCAAGCUGAUACCAAUCAAAUUAGUCGCUAAAGAGUGCAUGAAGGUCGCGGAUGACUUCGUUCCCGAAUUAGUGGAGACUUUGGCGUCACAAAUGAACCCCGAUGCUGUGUGCUCUGUAGCCGGCCUCUGCAACAAUGCCAAUAUCGACAAACUCAUUGAGGAAUACAAUGCAACACUGAAACUACAUGAAGGUUGUACGAACUGCCGAAGAACGGUUGGCAUUGCGAGGAAGAGAUUCGAAGGAACCCAAUACGAUGAUUUUCUCUUCGGACUGCUCAAUGUGUGCCAAAACAUGGCGUCUCUCUCUGACUCCUGUUCGAUGCUGGUGUUCAAGUACUACGAGAACAUUCUGGAAGCAGUGAGGAUGGACUUCACUCCGGAGUCCGUGUGCCAUCUCAGCGGACAGUGCUCUUAUAAAUACCAUUCGCACGACCUGUACACGUUCCCCGAUGACACUAAGGACUUGAAGGCUACUGAUGACAUCCCAUGCGAGUUCUGCGAGCAAGUGAUCAAACAUUUGCGCGACACGCUGGUUGCUAACACAACGGAAAUUGAGUUCCACAAAGUUCUUGUCGGUCUCUGCAAGCAAACCGGUAGCUUCAAGUCCGAGUGUCUGCAACUAGUUGAAGAAUACCACUCCACUUUCUAUUACUUCCUGGUGUCCGAGCUGAAGCCGGCUCAGCUAUGCGGCUACAUCGGGAUCUGUACCGACAAGCCCAAUGUACCCAUUGCGCCGUUGCUGCCUAGAGAGUUGGCCGUAAAGGUUUUUGCCAACCCCAAGAAGCUCAUUGGGCAAGAUGAGGCCAAAAGCUAUGCUACGUCAAAGGCUAACCAAGGAAUGAAGAAACAGGCUAGUGUGAAAAUCCUUGGAGAGGAGAAGUCCACGAUUCCCCCGCCAUUGCCUAUCGAAAGAAUGUUUAUAGCGCAGCCGAAGCAGAACGGAUGGUGCUCUUUCUGUCAAUACUUCCUUCACUACUUACAAGUUGAAUUGAGCAGCGACUCAACUGAGAGCGCAAUAGAAAAGGUGGUGGAGGAAGCUUGCACCGUUCUCCCGAAAGAGCUAGAGGGAGAGUGCCGUCAAUUCGUGGAUCAAUACGGACCCGCUGUCAUUGCACUGUUGGUGCAAGAAUUCGAUCCUUCAAGCGUCUGCCCGGACAUUGGCUUAUGUCCUAAGACUGAACAGGUGCAUGAUGUCACUAUUAACUCUGAGAAAUCCAACUGUCCACUUUGCCUCUUCGCCGUAGAACAACUAGAGUCUGUUCUCAAAAACAACCGCAGCGAGGAUAAUAUCCGCCAUGCGCUCGACGGCCUCUGCAGCCACCUAUCCGCAAAACUUCGCACCAAAUGCAUCGACUUCGUUGACACUUACACCAACCAGUUGAUAGAAAUGCUGAUCGCGGAUCUGAACGCGCAAGAAAUAUGCGUCUACCUCAAACUGUGCAAGGAUGACACAAAGCACACAGACCCGAUGAAGAUCACCCAUCCCUCGAUUGAUAGGUACCACGAGAAACCGGGCUUAAGAGGCGAUAGGAACAACCGAAGAAACUCCAUGCUCCCUAAGCAUAUGUUAGAGACGUCCGUUGGAGGUGAUAUUGAAACGAACGAAAUCCCCGACCAUACUAGGAAUGGUCGCCCAGUGAACAACGUGAACUCCCCGAAGACGGUUUGCGUCAUGUGCGAAUUUGUGCUGAAGGAGAUCGACGAUCAGAUCAAGGACAAGCAUAAUGACGACGAAAUUAAGAAUGUAGUCCACGGUGUCUGCAAGCGCAUGCCCAAGUCUGUGCGUCAAGAGUGCGACCAGUUUGUGGAGAAAUACGCCGACCUGGUCAUCAGUCUGUUGGCCCAGGAACUCAACCCCGACGAAGUGUGCCGUGAAUUGAAGCUCUGCGACCAGACCUUCAACGCGUUUAGAGAGGAGAUCCUGGACUGCGCGGUGUGCGAGACCGUAGUGAUGGCCUUGAAGAAGGUGCUCGCUAACGACAAAGUGGACCGCAACAUCGUGCACGUGGUGGAGAAAGCCUGUAGCGCUCUGCCCGCCAAGUACUACAACAGGUGUCACACGAUGUUGGAAGUGUACGGCGAGAGCGUCAUCCAUCUGAUCGAGACCUUCGGCACCAAAGGCGUGUGCCAGAAGAUCGGUCUCUGCUCCAGCAGCGACGCGGCCUUCGUGCAUAUGUACAGGGGCCGCCACUAGAAGUACAUUCAUAUAAAUCUGCAUUCCGAAAUUGCAGUUAAACGUAAUCUCUAUUUACUUAAGUAUAUUUUUUACCAAAUGUUUGUUGUAGUUCUCAUUUCGUUUUCAUAGCAUUGUGACUAUUUUUUAGUUGAUUUGGUUGUCAAUUCUGUAGUACACAAAUAUCUUAACAAAAUGGACAGGCUUAUAAAAUCCGCUUUCCUUUUUCACAAAGAACAUAGUGAAAAGGAUGGCACUACUUUCAGAACUGACAAUUUAGAUUCGUUCAAAGAUUUGUGUUCAACAGAAUUGUUCCAAUUGGCGUAAGCGUAAUUUUUAAGAUUUUCCUGCCCCUACUAUUUGACUAUAUUUUUUACCUACGUAAUAAUCUGUAAGACUUAGUUCAACUUAACUAAUUAUAUCCAGUUAAAUUUCAUUUCAUUCAUUCUUUCAAUGUUAUUAUGCCGCUCAUGCUUUUACACGAUAGCCUGUGAUAAAUAAAUCUUUUUGUAACUAUAUUAUGCUAAUAAAUUUGGGGGAGAAAUGA